AAAAGACACAAUUCCACCCAAUAAAUAUUCAGCCCACUUCCCCCCCUGAAGUGCAGCAUAAGCCAACAAAUCAGCAAAUCUCUCUCUCUCUCUCUCUCUCAAACCAAUAUCUCCCCUGCAAACUUCACCAUCAAUGGCGUAAAGCAAUAUCAACACUCUUGCGUGCCGGAAACCUCGCUGAAUAAGAAUUGGACCCAUGUCUUCAAAUCUUGUAGAAGUACUAUAAUUUUCAUAUAUCUACUGUCCUAACAAGAGUCUUUUUCUUCGUUUGACACUGUGAGUGUAGAGAGAGAGAGAGAGAGAGAGAGAGAGCGAGAGAGAGAGAGAGAGGCGUGUAGAUGUUUAAGAAGGGGGAGGAGAGAGAGAGGAGCAAACCUGGGGAAGCCCGGAGAAGUGCUGUUGGUGGGUAUCUUCGACUGCAUCCAUGAAGUGGCGGCGGCACUGGCCUUUGCUAGGAUGAGCGACUCUGCUUACCGCGUUGAAACGACGUCGCGCCUCGCCCAAUGGCGGAUCGACAACUUAGCUUCUUGUACCUACCGCAAGUCCGAUCCUUUCAAGAUGGGCAAAUGGAAUUGGCAUUUAGCUGUGGAGAAGAAUCGAAUGUUGUUCAUUAAAUUGUACCCAGAAAUAUCAAAUUUAACAAGGGACAAUCCCCCAAUUGCAUCCUUCAUCAUUCGAGUCAUCAGCUCAGUGGGAGAUCGCAAGGCUUUGACUCACCCAGAAAUCAUAGACAAGCAGAUCAAGAAUAACGACGAUUUUGUGUGGGCAAUUGAAGUUCCAUUAACAGGGAAGUUCAUCAUCGACGUUGAGUUCCUUGAUUUGAAGAUCACAUCUCCAGACGGGGGAGAUCCUUGCUCCAUCUGGGCUGAUGGUUCCGCGCUAAAGAACUCGGAUGCGACUGCCCUUUCAUCCCUCGGCAGGAUGUUAACAGAAAGCAUUCACACAGACAUCAUUAUCAAUGCUUCAGAUGGAAGCAUAGGAGCCCAUCGCGCGGUUCUUGCUUCACGAUCGCCUGUUUUUCGCAGCAUGUUCUUGCACGACCUCAAAGAGAAGGAACUAUCUGCCAUUAACAUCUCUGACAUGUCAAUCGAAUCUUGCCAAGUGUUUCUCAACUACAUCUACGGGAACAUUGCUCAUGAUGAAUUUCUCACCAACCGGUUGGCACUUCUUCAAGCAGCUGAUAAAUAUGACAUCUCGGAUCUGAAAGAGGCGUGCCACGAGAGUCUUCUGGAAGAUAUUGAUGCCAAAAAUGUUCUUGAAAGGCUUCAAAAUGCUUCUCUCUACCAAUUGCCAAAACUGAAGGGCAGUUGCAUGCGAUACCUUCUGAAGUUUGGUAAGAUAUUUGACAUUCGGGAGGAUUUCAAUUCCUUUCUGCAAUGCGCAGAUAGGGAACUCAUAGCUGAAAUUUUCCAUGAAAUUCUUGCUGCCUGGAAAGGGUUCUGAAAUGCUGGCAAACACCGAAAGAGAACAAUUGGUUUGUUUAUAUCAGCAUUCUUUAUCUUGACCAUAGAAAUGGGCGGUUAGAAUAAUUGUAGUGUGCAAAAUUGGUUCCCUCGGGGUAUAUUCUUUUGUGGAAAGCACAAUUUGUUGUAUAUACAUGUACAAAGACUGGUUUGAUAGGAACAGAUCUUACUACCAGAUAUGUUGAUGUAAACGAUUUCAAAUGUAGAUAGUAUUGCGUAUAUGGUGAUGUAAGAGAUCAAGAAGUAAUUACUCGUGCAAUUGUACCUUUGUUACUCAUAUUGCAAUGGUGACUUUAUUCAUCUAAA